UUAUCGAAGUCAGUGCCAAAAUUGCACAAAACGAUUGCAACCCAUACAAUGGCAUUUUGGUAGUUUAUACAGUGUGUUCGAAUUGCUUCAAUUUAUGAAAUCAUUUUAAACAUAUCACUAAUAAUAAGGAUAGUAUGGAAAGCAAACAAUGAAGAUUUUGGUAUUUCUUAUUAUUUGUUGGUGCUUCGAAUACGUUACUCCAAUCAGUGUAAAUAAUGGCGGUUAUGAAGAUAUGUAUAUUGUUAUUAAAGACAACAACGAGGACAGUGAAUUUCUUCUAGAGCGUAUUCAGAAAAUCUUUACAGACGCGUCUAAACUACUGUUAACCGCCACCAAGAAUCAUCUAUACUUCGGAAAAAUUAAAAUUAUUGUACCAAAAACAUGGCUGUAUAAGGAAAAGUACAAGAAGGCCAUGAUACCCGUAUACAUCAAACAGAAAAUAAUUAUUGACAACGUUGAACAAUACGGCAUUGAUACGCCAAGAGUAAUCGGGAUAACAGCAUGUGGCAAGGGAGGUUUAUAUAUGUACUUAAAUUCAAAAUCAUUUAUUCUGAAAACCGGGCGAACAUCUUGGGGUUUGCAUGAUAACGUAAUUGUGCACGAGUUUGGUCAUCUACGGUAUGGCUUAUUCGAUGAGUAUCCUAUUCACAGUGGUAGUUCUCAAUUUUACCAGUCCAAAGGGGAGUGGAAACCAACAAGAUGUACAGAAGAAAUUGAAGGGAAAAUUGGAAUUGGCAAUCAAUGUACGGAAAGUCCUGCAUGUGAUUAUAAAAAUACGGGGAAAAUAUUGGAUGGUAAUUGCAACUUUUGUCCCAAACAAAAUCAAAAUGUAGAAGCUUCGUUGAUGAGUUAUCAAUGGAUAGAUUCCGUAAGACUUUUCUUUCAGUGCCAACUGGUACAUGUUCGUUUUAAAUUGCUUUUUAUGAGUGAGACUGCACUUAACAUAACUAUAUGCUACUUACACAAUUAUUUGUUAUUUUGCUAUCGUUCUUAAAUAUAUUUUUUCUUAUGUGAGGACAUAACG